CAUACGUGCCUAGCCAUCUCCCUUCCUAUAUACCACCUCAGUAGUAGCGAGCGUGGGGAGACGGGGGAAAGAGAGAUCGGUCUCGCCAUAAUGCGCACACCACUUUUUCUCUUCACCAUCGUUGCGGCGGCGGCGGCGGUCGCCGCGGAAGCACAGGUCCAGACCCUUGGCGAGCUCUUGCGUUAUGACUCUGGGACGCAGGUACCUCUAGUUGACCCCGAGGUUGACCGCGGCACGCCGGAGAGCGCGGUACCGGAAACGCAGACACUCCCCGUCUCCUGCGGCGCCUGUGAGGCUACGCUUUUCCAGCUCAAACUAGCUGCUACGCGAGGUGACGAUUUCUUCGUCACAUUGGCGACGGCGGCAUGUAAACGACUGAAGAUUGCGGACGAUGACGUCUGUGAGGGAUCUAUUGCUCUUGAAGGUCCUAUUAUAGCGAAGAGUCUCCGGGGCUUGCACAUUGGGUCCAAGACGUCGAGGCUCAUUUGUGUCGCGCUGUUUGGCAUGUGCUCGUUCCCCGAGAUAGAGAAACAUGAAUUCGCUUUUCCGUCACCAAAGCCAAAGACCCGGAGACCGAAACCAAGUGGGCAGCGCCCACUGCGCGUUGUUCAUAUUUCCGAUAUUCAUAUUGAUCCUUGGUAUACUGAGGGGGCUGAUACAAAUUGCACGAAGUUCAUUUGUUGUAGAAGUUACUCUGAUGAACCCGCUCCUGGACAUACGUUCCAUCCAGCCGGGCCCCACGGCGAGCACACAUGUGACUCACCAGUAAGCUUGGAAAUGAGUAUGUAUGGAGCUAUACGAACACUGGUACCUGAUGCGGCAUUCGCGCUCUUUACUGGUGACAUUGUUGACCAUGCGGUUUGGAAUACUACAACCAUACAGAACACUUUUGACGUGACUGAUGCCUACACGCGUAUGGCUGAUGCAGGUUUUCUGGUAUAUGGAACUGCAGGGAACCACGAGGCGUCCCCGGCAAACUCGUACCCACCAUUAUCAGUGAGCUCCUCUACGCAAUGGCUUUACGAUGUUUUAUCCACUUCAUGGACGAGAUGGGUUGAGCCUCGUGCUGUUCACACGGCAAGGAAGUUUGGCGCAUACUCGACGAAAUACCCCGGCGGCAACUUGCGCAUCAUAUCACUUAACACGAAUCUUUUCUACGUACAUAAUUACUGGUUGUAUGAAGAGCCGAUGGAAAUAGACGCAAGUGGACAGCUCGCCUGGUUGAUAGACGAGCUAGACGCGGCCGAGAAACUGGGCGAGAGAGUGUAUAUCAUUGGGCACAUGUCCUUUGGUGCGCGAGAUGCAUUUCAUGAUGCAUCAAAUUAUCUUGAUCAAAUCGUGAACCGUUACGAAGCUACCAUUGCUGGCUUAUUCUUUGGACACACCCAUUUCGACGAGUUUGAAAUUUCAUAUUCUAACUACAGCCAACGCGUUGCCGAGAACGCUGUCGCCGUGUCCUUGAUAGGGCCCUCCAUGACGCCCACGUCAGGUCAUCCAGCCUUUCAAGUCUAUGAUAUAGAUCCCGUUACAUUCGGAGUUCUUGAUGUUACGACGUACUUUGCGAAUAUGAGCGAUUCCUCAUUCCAGUCUGCAGAGGGCCCAGUCUGGACGAAAUACUAUUCAGCUCGAGAGACAUAUGGUGCCCUUGUCAACCCGCCUCUCGCACCCUUGGAGAUCGAGGAAGGUAAGACGAAGGAAAGAGCCAGGGAGUUGGACCCUUCGUUCUGGCAUGAAGUGACUGAAAAGUUCGAGGAGGAUCCAGCAGCUCUUGACGGGUUCAUGGCUAGGAAACGCAGGGGUUGGCUACCAAAUGGAUGCGGUGAUGACGCAUGCCGGAGUGCCGAGAUAUGUAAGCUCAGAGCUGGGAGAGCGCAGGACAAUUGCAUUCCGCCUGGCUUUAUUCGCCUGGUUGGUCGACUGGCCGAAGGCGUCCCUGCCACUCGUGGUACAAAGCUUGGGGAGCGCCUGGAGUGCGGCGGCUCAGUGUUGGCCGACACACUGGGAACUGUUGCGGACGAUGCUGAGAUGCGUGUAUGGUUGGAGAUGCUUAUAAAUGGUGAUGAUAAUGGCCGCAUAUUAUGAUAGAUAGAUUACAUUUUUGAUAUGUACACUAGAUAAGCAAUGGUCACACACCAAGUCACAAGUCACAGGCCACGAGGCCACAGGGUGACUUCGACAUUAUACUAGUGUUGUCCGCCGUAUAUCCCCCUUCAGAUAAAAUUAAUAGUCACAAGGGUGACAGAUGUAUUCAUCUAGGUAGCCCUGAGAACGUAUAUACAACUACAAUGAACGGCCGAUUCUCUCUUCACCUUGAACGAGGUAUUAGUUAGCUGGGUUAGUCUACAUCGUGAGACCCAGUUUUUCAGAGUAGUAUCAAGGAAGCCGGGGGUAAGCUUGAGGCUGU